CAGAACAUACCGUACUACGCUACGGCGUUCGAGGAGAACGGCUUCCUUGGCGUUCAGUGUGUGUCUCUGUGAGGCUUCGACAAUUGCCACCCCAUUACCAGAGAGGCUCCUUCUUUAACCUUUUCUCUUUCAUCGUUAUUCUUCUUCCUCUGAUUCCUUCCUCUUUCACAUACCUUAAUUCUCCUUCUUCUAUUCCAAUCCCCAGCACCUUCCUUCUCCGUUAAGAUUUUUUUUGCUUCAGUUUCAAAUUCUGAUACAUCAUCCCCCAAUCUUCACUUUCAUACGACGCCUUCAGUUCUUUGCUUUGAAUCUGAGCAUCUUUCAUAUAGUGACGCCGCCGCCGCUUGCUGCUGGGGUUUCAGUGUAGCGAUCCGGCAUUCGAGUAAUUUCUGUUCGGAGAUCGAUCUGCUUUGCUUGAUUGCUUUUUGCUGGUGCUGCUGUGCUUUUGGACUCGCUGUCAAUAGAGUAAACGGCAGAAUGUGGUGGAUGAUGGGAGAAGCUGGAGGCCAUUACUGUUCCAAGAAGACCGAUGAUUUGUGCGGCGAUGUUUGUGGUGAUCAGGGAUCAAGCCAAGUAUCAGGCAUGUCAAGAGUUCGAUGCAUUUUGCGUGGUUUGGAUGUAAAGACCUACAUAUUUCUUUUUGCUGUCCUCCCGAUGUGUAUCUUUGGAAUUUAUAUACAUGGACAGAAAAUUUCAUACUUUCUGCGGCCACUUUGGGAAAAACCACCCAAGCCUUUCAAGGUUAUCCCGCAUUACUACAAUCAGAAUGUGUCAAUGGAGAAUCUCUGCAGACUUCAUGGCUGGGGAGUCCGUGCCUCCCCAAGACGUGUUUAUGAUGCUGUGUUAUUCAGUAAUGAGUUGGAAAUACUGAAUUUACGGUGGAGAGAAUUGUAUCCUUACGUAUCAGAAUUUGUCCUUCUUGAGUCAAAUUCUACGUUCACUGGAUUGUCGAAGCCUCUUGUGUUUAAAAGCAAUCGGGAGCGGUUCAAAUUUGUUGAGCCCCAGUUGACAUAUGGGACUAUUGGCGGAAGAUUCAAGAAAGGAGAAAACCCGUUUGUUGAGGAGGCCUAUCAACGAGUAGCACUGGACCAGCUUCUUAAGAUAGCCGGUAUUUCAGAUGAUGACUUGUUGAUUAUGUCUGAUGUUGAUGAGAUACCGAGCGCUCACACUGUCAACCUUUUAAGGUGGUGUGAUGACAUACCAUCAAUCCUCCAUCUUCAACUCAAGAAUUAUCUUUAUUCCUUUGAGUUUCAUGUGGAUAAUGACAGCUGGAGGGCUUCAGUUCACAGGUAUCAGAGCGGAAAGACAAGGUAUGCUCAUUUUCGCCAGUCUGAUGACUUGUUAGCAGAUGCUGGCUGGCAUUGUAGCUUUUGUUUCCGCCGAAUCAGUGAUUUCAUUUUUAAGAUGAAAGCCUACAGCCAUUAUGACAGAGUAAGGUUCUCUCAUUAUUUAAAUCCCAAAAGAAUUCAGAAAGUAAUCUGCAAAGGGGAUGACUUAUUUGACAUGCUUCCAGAGGAGUACUCCUUCAAGGAAAUCAUUAGUAAAAUGGGACCUAUACCCCAUUCCUAUUCUGCAGUUCAUCUUCCUGCUUAUCUUUUGGAGAACGCAGAGAAGCUCAAAUUUCUUUUGCCCGGAAAUUGUGUAAGAGAGAGUGAAUGAUUUCAUACCGUUCGAGGGUUAGACAAAUAACUGAAGCUUUACUGACUGUCGCUCAAUUGGAGGGCUGGGUUAUGUCCAUGUCCGGUGAGAUAUUAUUUGAGAAUGCAUUGAGAUCAGACAGAUGCCAUGAUGCUGGGUGGGAUAGGGGAACUUGUACAUAAUUUAGAGCUGAACUUCAUUCAAGAGGGAGCAGUGUCUGUUCUGAUCUGAUGAACGAGGGGAUGUUUGGCUUAGAUAAUUAUUUAGUCUUGUAUUCACUCUGGACAGGCGUGGCUGAUCCCCGGAUAUGUUGGAUGACUCGUUUCCUUCGGGGAGUUUUGUCUUGGAAACGAAUUUUAUUUGUUUCUUUUUUCCCUUGUUAUUCCUAUUUGAUGCUAAAUAUGCCUCUUCUUAUUAUUGGUUAUAUAUUUGGUUAUAUGUCUU